GAGCUCGCGUUGCGCACGCGGGAGCUGGGACCCCACGGUCACUGUCCGCUGGCAGCGCUGUCCGCCGCCUCAUAGUGCUGAACCAGCCCGGGCGGAGCGGCCUGCGCUCGCGCCCGAUAGGGGCGGGGCCGGGGCAGAAGGAGGACUCGGGACAGCCGCCCCGCGGAGCCAGGAGCUGAAACAGAGCUGGCCAACCUCAGCCGACCGCUGGUCCGGUGUGCAGAAAAGGCUCGCGGCAGCCGGCGGAGGCGCUGCUGAUUCAUCUCCUGGAGCACCUCGCAGGCCACCGCGAUAGCAGCCAACAGCCUCUGGACUCUGGCCACAAGCUGAAGGAGCUGGUGCAGGAGCCUUGUGGGCAGGAGGUGAGGACCCCUCCCUUCCAUAGCCCCCAGGAGUCUUAGGGCGGUGGCCGCAGGACAGAGAGGGGCGUGCCCCAGUUUGUCAAGGAGGCAAACCCGUGUGAUGCCCAGGCCUUCCGUCUCACCGGCGCUGACCACACUCGGCCCCCGCCGCCCGUUUCUGAAGCUUCGGCCAUUCUUCCCCGGCCGCGAGCAGCUCAGACUGCGGGCGCGGCGAUGGAGGAGGAGCUGAAGUGCCCGGUGUGCGGUUCCCUGUUUCGCGAGCCCAUCAUCCUGCCCUGUUCCCAUAAUGUCUGCCUCCCGUGCGCUCGCACCAUUGCUGUGCAGACCCCGGACGGCGAGCAGCACCUGUCCCCACCGCUCCUGCUUUCCCGGGGUGGCGCCGCCGUCGCGCCCCCUCCGGAUCAAGACACUGCAGCCGGCGCGGCCUGCGGCGGCGGAGCGAACGCAAACGCUGCGGGCGGUCUGGGCGGUGGAGCGGCAGGUGGCGGGGACCACGCAGACAAGCUGAGCUUGUACAGCGAGACGGACAGCGGCUAUGGCUCCUACACCCCGAGCCUCAAGUCCCCCAACGGGGUCCGCGUACUACCCAUGGUGCCGGCGCCCCCCGGCUCCUCUGCCGCGGCUGCCCGAGGCGCCGCCUGCUCCUCGUUGUCGUCCUCCUCCAGUUCCAUCACGUGCCCGCAGUGCCACCGCAGCGCCUCCCUGGACCACCGCGGCCUACGCGGCUUCCAGCGCAACCGACUGCUGGAAGCCAUCGUGCAGCGGUACCAGCAGGGCCGCGGGACCGCGCCGGGGGCGUCUGCAGCCGUGGCGGUGGCCGUUUGCCAGCUGUGUGACCGCACCCCGCCGGAGCCGGCAGCCGCGCUGUGCGAGCAGUGCGACGUGCUCUACUGCGCCGCCUGCCAGCUCAAGUGCCACCCUUCCCGGGGCCCCUUCGCCAAGCAUCGCCUGGUGCAGCCGCCGCCGCCGCCCGCGCCACCUGAAGCGGCAGCGGCUCCGCCCAGCGCCGCUGCGACCCCCAGCACUGGCAGUGGCUGCAAAAGCCCAGGGGGCACUGGGGCCAGCGCGGCCCGGAAGUUUCCCACGUGUCCGGAGCAUGACAUGGAGAACUACAGCAUGUACUGCGUGAGCUGCCGGAGCCCGGUGUGCUACCUGUGUCUGGAAGAGGGCCGGCACGGCAAGCACGAGGUGAAGCCUCUGGGGGCCACGUGGAAACAGCACAAGGCCCAGCUCUCUCAGGCCUUAAACGGGGUUUCCGAUAAGGCCAAGGAGGCGAAGGAGUUUCUGGUCCAGCUCAAGAACAUCCUGCAGCAGAUCCAGGAGAAUGGGCUGGACUACGAGGCCUGCCUGGUGGCUCAGUGUGACGCUCUGGUGGAGGCUCUGACGCGGCAGAAGGCCAAGCUGCUCACCAAGGUGACAAAAGAGAGGGAGCACAAGUUGAAGAUGGUUUGGGACCAGAUCAACCACUGCACGCUGAAGCUGCGCCAGUCCACAGGGCUGAUGGAGUACUGCCUGGAGGUGAUGAAGGAGAACGACCCCUCUGGGUUCCUCCAGAUCUCCGAUGCUCUGAUCAAGCGCGUGCAGUUGUCCCAGGAGCAGUGGGUCAAAGGUGCCCUGGAGCCGAAAGUGUCUGCGGAGUUUGACCUGACCCUGGACAGCGAGCCACUGCUGCAGGCCAUCCACCAGCUGGACUUCAUUCAAAUGAAAUGUAGGGUGCCACCCGUCCCCCUGCUGCAACUGGAGAAGUGCUGCACUCGGAACAACAGUGUCACCCUGGCCUGGAGGACACCGCCCUUCACCCACAGCCCUGUGGACGGCUACAUCCUGGAGCUGGACGACGGGGACGGGGGGCAGUUCCGGGAAGUGUACGUGGGCAAGGAGACCCUGUGCACCAUUGACGGGCUGCACUUCAACAGCACCUACAACGCCAGAGUCAAGGCCUUCAGCACUGCUGGCCUCGGGCCCUACAGUAAAACCGUUGUCCUGCAGACAUCCGAUGUGGCCUGGUUCACAUUUGACCCCAAUUCUGGGCACCGGGACAUCAUUUUAUCCAAUGACAACCAGACAGCCACCUGCAGCAGCUACGAUGACCGGGUAGUGCUGGGCACAGCCGCCUUCUCCAAGGGUGCGCACUAUUGGGAGCUGCACGUGGACCGCUAUGACAACCACCCAGACCCUGCCUUUGGUGUGGCCAGGGCCAGUGUGGCCAAAGACAUGAUGCUGGGCAAGGACGACAGGGCCUGGGCCAUGUAUGUGGACAACCACCGCAGCUGGUUCAUGCACUGCAACUCUCACACCAACAGGACGGAAGGCGGAGUGUGCAAGGGGGCCACAGUGGGCGUGCUGCUGGACCUGAAUAAGCACACCCUGACCUUCUUCAUCAAUGGGCAGCAGCAGGGCCCCACGGCCUUCAGCCACGUGGACGGAGUCUUCAUGCCAGCCCUCAGCCUCAACCGCAACGUACAGGUCACCUUGCACACGGGACUGGAAGUACCAACCAACCUGGGGCGGCCAAAGCUGUCAGGCAACUAGCCUGGCAACUCCGGCUGUCCAGCAACUGUGCUGAGACACCUGCAGACCAAGUGCCACUCUGUCCCCACUAAGCUCACAUAGCUCAGCAGGCACAACAAGCAAGCCCUGGGCACAGCCAGCUGGGAACGAAAAAGUCUGGAGCCAGCUUCUUCAGGGGAUGGGAUUGGUCUGCAGGCCACAUGGUGGCUGCCACUGUCAGUGGUCAACAGGGCAGGGAUUCACCUUUAACCACUCAGCGUUAGAGAUUCUCCAACCAGGACUUUCCAAGAAGGGAGGCCUUCAGGGUUCAUGCGUAUGUUUCCUGCCAUCUGUUUGCAACAUUUGUCUGGUUUUGAAUGGAAAGAGGAAGGCUGGCUUUGAGACUGGUGUCCUGAGAGGAGCCAGGGAGCCACUGCGCCAGUCCAGGCCUGAGCACUGGCUCCCUCUGCCUCCACUCCUGCCUGAGUCCUGAACUGGCAGGUGCGCACGUCUUCUGGGAGAAGUUGCUCUUUAGCAUUUGGUCCUAGAAUUUUGCAGACCUGAUUUGGGACUGACUGACAGGGAACUGAUCCUUAACGCUUGAUUUCUGCCUCUCACUGAACUGCUGCGGACUCUGGAAAGAACCCCCGGCCUCUCCUGAGCAACUGGCUGUGCUCUGUCUCACUUCACACAUGCCGCACACAUGGCACGCACACGCACGGCACGCACACGCAUGAUGCACACACACAGACGUGAGCAGUGCUCUGAGGUUUCAUUCACUCAGUUCUUGGCUCUGCAAUUCUAAUGACCGACCUGUCUUCACCCUGUGGUGGCUCUUUUUGGAACUGGCUUCCCAAGAAGUUACUGGAAAUGUGUCUAAGGGACUCUUCUGAGCUGGCCACUUGGACUGGAAAGCACAGCAGCUGGAGGCCUGGCAAGGCCGCCUGGUCAUCUACCCUUUGCUUCGAGACCCGCCCCACUGCCAUUGUUGAAGUGUAAUGGAAACAGAAGUGGCCUGAUGGCAGGCAGAGGUGGCUCUGCUGUGACAGGGGCCUCCAAGAAGUCCAGGUCAGAGGGCUUAGUCUGCACCUUGUCCCCUCCCAUGUGAGUCAUGAGCCAGGGUGUGCUCCAGGGCCCUGUACCCACAAUACCUAUCUCCACUUCUUCCCUGUCUCCUGCCCUCGCCAGCCCCACCUA